AUGGGGGCAGCUGGAGCCCAGCCGGCGGCCCUCUGUGGGGACGGGAUGCCAGAGAAUUAUGGGAACAUGUCUGAUUGGAUCUGAUAUCCCCAAGUCACUCCAAACCAACCUAGCCUUGAGCUGUUGUCUUCCUUGGCUGUUAGCUUCUCCAGAACUUGAAUAUCUGUUUCCCAAAUAGUGUUGAGCCUUGCUUUAUACAACAGGUGUGUUUGGGAAAAGCGGUGCCAAGUCAGGUUUUUGUAAGUGGAGCUCAAUUUCCAGUGCAUCGUGGGAGCUCGACAUUUAAAGAAACCCUGCAGUAAAUCCUUGGAUAAAGGGAAGAAUUGUCUCCUAAAGCAUGGGCCUGCGCCACCUGCAGCCCAGCUUCUGAAAAGCAGCAGAAGAAGCCAGGCAGUACAUGGCCUCCAGGAAGCAUCGAUGACCUUUGAAGAUGUGGCUGUUUACUUCACAUGGGAAGAAUGGAGGCGACUGGACCCUGCUCAGAGGGCCCUGUAUAGGGAAGUGAUGCUGGAGAAUUAUGGGAAUGCAGCCUCACUAGGGUUUACAGGCCCCAAGCCUUAUCUGAUCUCGCAGCUGGAACGAGGACAGAUGCUGUGGACUCUGGAUCUUCAGGGGACAGAGGCCAUUGAGGCCAGGAGAGGCACUUGGCCAGAUGGCAGGACUGACAGCAAAGAGUCUAUGCCAAAGCCAGGUAUUCCCCAAGAUGGGAUUUCACAAGGACGGUUGUUUACCCAAGGCCAACAGGACAACAUGAACAGGACCACCUUCUGGCACGUGGCUAGUGCUCUUAGGCCAAUCUCCAUAGCCAGAGGUCUAUCAGAAAAUCUUGUUUUGGAAAACAAAUGUCAAGAAGCAGAGCCUGCCAGAGAGGGUGGCCGGAGUGGGGAGGCCCAGAAUUGCAAUAUUAGGCAAAAGUCGGAGCUUCCCAGAAAUCAGACUGUCCCUCAUGGAGAGAAGUCCUAUGAAUGUGAUGAAUGUGGGAAAGCCUUCCGGUGGAAAUCAAUGCUCGUCCUCCACCUUCGAAUUCACAGUGGAGAGAAGCCUUACGUAUGUAAUGAAUGCGGGAAAGCCUUCAGUCAGAGCUCAGAUCUGACUAACCAUAAGAGAAUCCAUAGAGGAGAGAAGCCUUACGAAUGUAAUGUGUGUGGGAAAACUUUCACCUGGAGCUCGAACCUUAUUAACCACAAGAGAAUCCACAGUGGAGAGAGGCCUUACGAAUGUAAUAUAUGUGGGAAAUCUUUCACUCAGGGCUCAAUCCUAAUAAAACACCAUAGGAUUCACAGUGGAGAGAAGCCCUAUGAAUGUAAUGAAUGUGGGAAAGCCUUCAGCCAAAAAGGGAACCUUCUUAAUCAUCAGAAAAUUCACACCAGAAAAAUCAUUGUUGUGAGCCCUAUUCGAAUAAUAAACAUGGGCAAUCUGUGAACUGAGCUGCUAGUUUCGUGCCACUCAUCAGGAUACUGAUAAAGAGACCAGAUAAAAGAGUCCUCCUGUGGGUGCUAGAGCACAAAUCCAAGGCAAACACCUUAGAGGCCAAGAAGUAGCUGCACUCUCCUCUUUUUAUAUCUCUUGGUCUAGGAAAGAUCUCAGUUAAUUUACUCUGAUAAAC